AUGGAGCGUUUUCCCUUCACCGACAUUCAUCGAAUUCGCGAAACCAGAGAUCAGACAUCCAAUUACCAUCCCGUCCGGGUGGACCCCAUCAGCCUGCAUCCUAUUAAACAUUUCAAAACAUUUACAAAAUCGCCCAAGCCUGGCAUAGUUGACGAUAAUCGAGGUCCACGAUGCAAGGCCGUGCAAACACCUGCCAGCUGUCAAGUCACUCGAUUCAGCACAAGCUCGAAAACCCCCUUCGAAAGUCCGGGAAUUCAGCCUCUCGGUGUCAUCCCCACCGAUCCUAUGCAUCUCUUUCAGACACAGCAAGCCCUUCUCGCUCUCGCCAUUCUGAACGUAACCAAUCACAAGCGCAGUCCAAGCAACCACGUCCUUCAGGGGAAUUUCGUCGAACAAUAA